GUUGAUUCUGCAGCGCCCCAAAGUGGGCGGAGAUAGAGAGAGCGGAGAGAAAGCGGGUUUGAAUAGUUACAGCAACGGAAAUAUUGAAAUUUGUAAGAUAAUUUCAUUUUAUUUCAAAUUUAAUUCUGUCCUUUAUAAUUUACUGUGAGGGACCUCGAAGCGCGGGGAGCUUGGAAAGGAAACCGGGCUGAAAGGAGCUUUGUUGGCUUUGUUUAGCGAGCUUGCCGGUAUUGGAGGUGAAGUCAGUGCUCAUAGCUUAGUUAGCCGAGUUAGCUUAGCUUAGCUAAGUGCUAAUCCUCAGCCGACGGCUUCGUUUACAUUCUGAAGACUGAACACUGAACACUGAGUGUCUGAGUGUUUCAUGUGGACUGGACUUCUGAAGGGAAACCAUGGGCUUGACUGGGAAGAAAUCGGAGAAGGGCCCAGUGUGCUGGAGGAGGAGAGUGAAGUCCGAGUACAUGCGCUUACGCCAACUGAAACGCUUCAGAAGAGCAGAUGAGGUUAAGAGCAUGUUCAACUCCAACAGACAGAAGAUUAUAGAGCGCACUGACAUCCUCAAUCAGGAGUGGAAACUGCGGCGGAUUCAGCCAGUGCACAUCAUGACCCCCGUGAGCUCAUUACGUGGAACGAGAGAGUGCACAGUAGAUAGUGGCUUUACGGAGUUCUCCAGACAAGUCAUUCCUCUUAAAACCCUGAACGCUGUAGCUUCUGUGCCUGUGAUGUAUUCCUGGUCACCGCUCCAACAAAAUUUUAUGGUUGAAGAUGAGACGGUUUUGCACAACAUCCCUUAUAUGGGAGACGAGAUCCUGGACCAGGACGGCACUUUUAUAGAAGAGCUUAUUAAAAACUACGAUGGCAAAGUUCAUGGAGAUCGAGAAUGUGGCUUUAUAAAUGACGAGAUCUUUGUGGAGUUGGUGAACGCUCUCAAUCAGUACAAUGACAAUGACGAUGAUGACGAAGAAGAGGACCAGCACGAUUACAAACUAGACAACUGUGAUGCAAAGGACAUUGCUGAAGAUUCUCGCAAGGACCAGCUUCUUAACUCUGAGAGUCGAAGCAGUGACUUUUCAAAAAAGUUCCCAUCUGAUAAAAUCUUUGAUGCCAUCUCCUCUAUGUUUCCUGAUAAAGGAUCACCAGAAGAGCUCAAAGAAAAGUAUAAGGAGCUGACUGAGCAGCAGCUCCCAGGUACCCUUCCUCCUGAGUGCACGCCCAACAUUGACGGUCCAAACGCCAAAUCAGUCCAGAGGGAGCAGAGCCUGCACUCCUUCCACACACUCUUCUGUAGGCGCUGCUUCAAAUAUGACUGCUUCCUUCACCCUUUUCAUGCAACUCCAAACACAUACAAACGCAAGAACUUGGAGAAUAUGGUGGACAGCAAGCCAUGUGGCCUUGAUUGCUACAUGUAUCUGAUUCAGGAUGGCAUGGUGAAGGAGUAUGCAGCUGGUGUGGUGGCUGAGCGAGCAAAAACGCCGCUGAAGCGAUCAACAGCCAGACGCAGAGGCAGAAUUGCCAACAGCAACAGCAGGCCAAGUACGCCAACCGUGAACACAGAGACUAAAGACACGGACAGCGACCGAGAGGGAGGGACAGACACCAACGACAGCAAUGAUAAAGACGAUGAGGACAAGAAGGACGAGACCACUAGCUCUUCAGAGGCGAAUUCCCGCUGCCAGACUCCAGUGAAAUUGAAGAUCCCUGAUCCUCCCGAGAACGUGGACUGGAGCGGAGCGGAGGCCUCCCUUUUCCGUGUACUCAUUGGCACUUACUACGACAACUUCUGUGCCAUCGCUCGCCUCAUUGGCUCCAAGACCUGCAGACAGGUAUAUGAAUUCAGGGUAAAGGAAUCCAGCAUCAUUGCACGUGCGCCUGCUGAAGAUGAAGACACACCUCCAAGAAAGAAGAAGAGGAAACACAGGUUGUGGGCCACACACUGUCGAAAAAUUCAACUAAAGAAAGAUGGCUCCUCCAAUCACGUCUACAACUACCAGCCAUGUGACCACCCGAGGCAACCAUGUGACAGCUCCUGCCCAUGUGUCACUGCUCAAAAUUUCUGUGAGAAGUUCUGCCAGUGCAGCUCAGAGUGCCAGAACCGUUUCCCAGGCUGCCGCUGCAAGGCUCAGUGUAACACAAAGCAGUGUCCGUGUUACCUGGCCGUGCGUGAGUGCGACCCCGACCUCUGUCUCACCUGCGGAGCUGCUGAUCACUGGGACAGCAAAAAUGUCUCAUGCAAGAACUGCAGCAUUCAAAGAGGAGCCAAGAAGCACUUACUGUUGGCACCAUCUGAUGUGGCAGGAUGGGGCAUCUUCAUCAAAGAGCCGGUUCAGAAGAAUGAGUUCAUCUCGGAAUACUGUGGAGAGAUCAUCUCCCAGGAUGAGGCUGACCGCAGAGGAAAGGUCUAUGACAAAUACAUGUGUAGUUUCUUGUUCAACCUUAACAAUGAUUUUGUUGUUGAUGCGACGAGGAAAGGCAACAAGAUCAGGUUUGCCAAUCAUUCUGUCAACCCCAACUGCUAUGCAAAAGUUAUGAUGGUUAAUGGGGAUCACCGAAUAGGCAUUUUUGCCAAGAGAGCCAUACAAACCGGGGAGGAGCUUUUCUUUGACUACAGAUACAGUCAAGCCGAUGCUCUCAAGUACGUGGGCAUCGAACGUGAAAUGGAAAUUCCAUGAAUCGGUCUACCUCUGGAACAAAUGCCUUACACUCUUCAGGAAUUUUCUCUCCACAUGCCGUUUCAAUACGUUUCAAUACUGUUUUUUAUAGGACAAGGUGAUCUGCCUACUUGGAUAUUUCUAGUACUUUUUACACUUCAGUCUUUUCUGUCAUUAUUUUUCAUGACCAACAGGCUUACUCUGGGAAUUCACUUUUUGACAGUAACUUGAAUAUUCACUUGUUUACAGCUUCAAGUUUAGUAGAGAUCCGUCACUGUCUAAUGGGCUGUUUGUUUUUCCAGCGUUCCGAACUUUUUAUUAUAGGUUUUUUUUUUUUUAAUUUUUUUUUUUUAAUGUAAAUUGCAAGCAGUUGAUGUCUUUCAACCUUUGGACCAAACUGACAAUAAACCACAGGUUCAGCACCAGUUUAUUAGGUACUAGAUCUGUAUAUGGGCUGAUUUAUACUGGGUUUGCAAAACUGCAAACAUUUGAGCGUGUGCACCCACGGUCAGUGGUGCAUGUCCAAAAAAAACCCCAUUCACUGUUACAGAUCUUAUUUUGUAAUAAUUUGUCGAUGGUCAUGUAAGUAGGAUAUACAACACUUGGAGAGGUGCUGUUAUAGGAAAUAAUCAACACUGGGGUGGUGUAAUGCUGCAUGACAUAAAGAGGAUUUACUGUUACUACUCUGGAGUUGAUUAUUUUCCAAUAAUAGCAUAUCCCAGAGUGUUUUAUUCCUCUAAUACCACUGCAGUUUGCUAGCAAUUAACAUUUUUAAUUGAUUUGCAGCACGUUGUACAUUUAAUCUUUUAUAUUUACAUGUUAUUUGUCAAUUGUUGUGGAACCACAUAAGUUAGUUCCUGUUAUCAAUUAUGUUACAGCAGCUAUAAACAGUAGUACCAUUGCCAGCCUGUUAAAGUAAUAAGACAAAAUCACAGCUAGUCGUUACCGAGAAACCGGAAAGUGUAAAGUCCUCUGUACUGAAGACUUUCCCAAAAAAACACCUACUGACUGUCACAAAGUGCUGGCACGUGAGACACCCUUCCUUAAAUGUUACAUUAAUGUCUCCUUACAGAAAACUUCACCAUAUUAAAGAUUAUGCAUCAACAGUAAAUUAUUAUGACUAAUAAUCUGUUUAUUAUUAUCUUGUGGAGAGAUCACCAUGCAUGUCCCUGUUAAUGAGUCAUUACUAGAGAAAUGAUGUAUUAGAACAAGUGCAUAAUUAUAUACCUCUGAUUUGAAUUACAGCUGGUACUGCUCUGGGAACUGCUGUUAUAGAAAUUUAAUCAACCCACUUCUGACCAGUCAGAUUCGAGAAUGCAACAGCAUUGUGGUGCAAGUGCGUUUAACGUUGUACGCCUCGCGUUAACCCGACCUCGAACUGCUCUGCUUUGCUUCUGGUUUGAGUCUUGUCUCAGUGCUACUAGAUACACUUCCUGUUCCUGACUCCCAGCACUGCAGAUUCACACAACGAGUAGUCAGCAUUUUCAAACUACACAUUACCCAUAAACCCUUUCACACAUAUGCUUAUGUGCAUCUUGAUGUAUCAGUAUAAAUCAGCCCUGCCUAAUAAACCGGAGUCUCACUAUGCUACAACAGUCUUCAUCAAGUUGAGGUGUUUUUGAUCCAUAUGAAAACCAAAGUCACUUUCUCUGCUUGUCUGUCAUCACAAGCAUCUGCAGAGGUAUCAUGUACUUUCUGGAGUGCCAAUGCAUCCAGUUUCUGUAAAAUAAAUGAAAAAAAGUAAGUAUUUAAAAAAAAAAAAAAAAAAAAAAAAAAAGGACAAAAACAUGAAUAGAUACAGUAUCUAACUUGCGGUGCCUUGAAAUUACACUGAAUUGUUUAGGUGUCCUAAAAUGUUGGUGAUUGUGUAUUGAGUUUGUUGUAUGCAUGAACAAAGAUUUCAAAUGGAGUAGAAAUCAGAAUCAGGGAACUUUUCAGUGUUUGUUUUUGUUAUUUUAGAAAUCUCUACAUCUUUGAGCAGCUUUUUGCCAGACCAUCACUGUAGGUAGGAAAAGUUUGGACAGUCAGUAAGGUCUUCCUGUCGUUAAAUAUUGGGUCAUCCAAUAUGUACUGGCACAGUGUUUAUUAUUAUUAUUAUUAUUAUUAUUAUUAUUAUUAUUAUCACAUAAUCAAGAGCACAAGUCAGUCGAUAACAUGCUCGAUUAUUCUCAACAACCUUUUCCUAAUAAUUCAGUGUAUUUUUUUUUUUUCUCAAAGAAAUUGGCUGCUAUGUUUGAGCAUGGAUUAAUGAUUUAUUAUACUCUUAAAUCAUCGACUUUAUAUAUAACUGAUGUCUUGUUCACCUUUUCUUUAAAGCUCUAGUCAACCCCCUUUCAGUGUUUCCUCCAGACCACAUGCCUAGGCUAGAAUGGCUGAAUGCUAAGGCAGUGCAAGAGACACUUCUUUGUCCUGAUGGUUUGAAUGCUAGUGGUUUAUAUCAUUUGUUCUUUUUCUCUCUGUGCAUUAGGGCAUGACUAGCACUAGCAUUUGCUUCUCUGCUCAGAUAUUUUUUUUUAUAGCUGCUGAGAUGUGAGGAAAAUUUCAAUAUCACGUUAGGGAAUUUAAAGUAAUAGAUUAAAAAUUUAGCAAUGAGCUACGAAGUCACUGUUAACUGAUGGAAUAGCCCUCUUAGUUUCAUUGGUAAAUACUUAAUCUACUGCUUGUACUGAGAUGUAGUAACAGUGACUAGCAUACAGGUUGUCAGUGCGGUCUGAGAUGCAUAGCCAGGGGGUCUGUGAUUUUUUUUUUUUUUUUUUAGUGUUGGAAAUGACAACCUACCAUUAUGAAAGUUCUUAUAUUUAUUAUGAAGCUUUUAUUAGCCUGUUUGACUGGACACUUUAAUUGAAUGGGUUUAGUUUAAACCUCAGUAAUUCAAAAGCAAAAGAAGUCCUAUAAAUAAUAUCAACUUGAACCUAAUGUGCUAUUCAGUAGGAAGCUGAGGAAUAAAAAGCUCUAUGCCUCUAAUAAAUAGGCAGAAUAUUAUUGUACACAUUUUAAUAAUGUCCCUGCCUCCAAAACGUUGGAAACCCUCUGGACUAGAUCAGUGAUGGUAAUUAAUAAUGUAACAGUGUAAUAAGUGAUUAAUGAUUAUUAUGCAACCCUUAAUGUUAAGGGUUACUGGAAACUUUUUUGGAGAAUGAAAGGUGAAUGGUGCUAAUCCAAUGGUGUGAUGUCAACGCUGUAUGGUGGUUCUGUAUAAAUAAAUAAAAAAAAAAAAAAAAAAAUAGGUACUUAAAUACCACACCAUAGGUGCAGGAAUUUUCCAGCUAAAACAUGUCCAAACAUGUUGGAUGACCCAUGAAAUGCAGUCCAGCUGUAUAUUAGAAGUUGUGAUAAAACCAUAGCAAUAAGAUCAGCUUCAAAUCACCUUCAUGUGAAGAUCUUUAACUGUCGCUAUUUAUAUUCGCAGACUCUGAAAGCAGGUUUGGCUUUUCUGUAAUUUAUUAAAAACUUUGCUGUGAUUUGCCAAGUAAAAUUCUGAUGGUUUUCUCAGUGCGAGUUUGAUAGCUCCUCACCAGCAUGUUUCUCCUGAGACAUUCAGUCUUUCAGUCGUUUUUCUUUCCCUGAGGGUUUGUGACCACUCUGUUUCUCUCUGCCUCUGAUUGUACAAGGUGCUGAUUUGUAAUGUUUACAGAUAAUAUUGUUGAAAGUAAUAAAGAAAACUAAAAUAAGCUCAAA